AUGAGCAAGUCCAAUAAAAAUGGUAGAUCCAAAAAUAGUCUUAAAACCUACAAACCUCCAGUAACUUGGAAGAAAGAAGGUAUACCCUUACCAAAACCUAGGAAAGUGUUCAUUAAAAAAGUUAAUUUUCUCUAUUUCAGGUUAAAAUCCUUAUCUGACCCGAAAGUUGGCACGUCUGAGAGCCCAGAGAAAAAGAAGAAGCAUAAAAAGAGAAAGAACGAGGAUGUCUUCAUUGAAGAACCAAAGAAAACAAGGAAGAGUAGAGUUGAUGAUGAGGAAUUGACAAGAAGUGAAAGUAGGAAAGGGGAAAAUGUUGAGAAGUGUAGGAUUAAAAGGGUCAAAGUCGAAGACAUGGAGUGUUCCAAAAGACAGAAAGGUCACCGGAGAGAGGAGUCUGAAGAUUCAGAUGAAGACAAUGAAGAGAGCGAUAAAAAGAUUGCCAGCUCAAAGAAGACAAAAAGCCCAGCUCGUCAGGCUCGUCAGAAGCUGAGGGAUUCUUGCCAGAGUUCUGAUGUUGAGGUUGUCAAGGUAGAGGAGGUGAAGAAAGGGAGGAGAAAAAGGCAACAAUCUGUAGAACCCAGUGAAAGUGAAAGUGAGGUAGUACAUGAUGAAGAGGUUGACGUUUCAAAGCCUACAAAGAGGCAAUCUCUCAGAAAAUACAAAAACAAUGAUCAGAUGUCAGCAGGUCAUAUGCAGAAAGAGACCCGACAGUCAGUAGAAUCAUGUGAGACUGUGGCAACUACGUCAUCAAAGAGGCACAAGAGGGAGAGCUUUACAGACAAUAUGUCUGUAACAUCAACAAAUGAAAUAGAGAGUAGUUCUCCGAAAACAAGGAGGCACAAAAAAGGUGAGGUUAAAGAGAGUGAGGCGUUUGGAAAUAAGGAUGAAUGUUCAGUGGGAAACACAAGAAGAAAUAAAAGUUUGUCUGGAUCAUUAACUGAAGAUGAGAUGGAAGUAGUAGACACUGAGAAUGCUUUAAAGGAAGACGAGAAAGUUUCUCAAGAGAAGGAGGUGUCAACAAGCUGUUUUAUUUAUGUGGAAAGUGAGGAGACAGUUGACAAUAGUAAUGAUAGUGGAGACUUAUGUACAGAAAGCAGAGAGUCAAGUCCAGUUGUCUCUCCUGUGGAUGAGCUUUAUAAACCUGGCCCCAAGAGCAGGAAACGACGUAAACGUAGCAGAACGAGGAAAACGUCUGUUCCAUUUGAGGCUAAAGAAGAGGCUUCUGUUAGUCAUGCAACCCCUUGUUCGAGUGCCUGUAACUCUUCUACUACAAACGUGAAUUAUAGGAAUAAUGUCUCAUCAUCUAGCAUGAAUAAGCACAUUAUUUUUGGGAGUGAAGAUGAAGAGGAAGAAGUAACAUCUUACAAUAAUUCCUGUGAAGGGAAUGACAUAGAAAUAGUUGGACAAGUUACGAGACCAUCUGGAAUUGGUUUUCAGAAUCCUUUGGGUUUUCAGAACCAGGGUGUCAUUGAUGUAGAAGGAGAGGAUGUGUUCAGAGGUCUCGUUGAUGCUCAUGAUUUAAAUAUCUCGGCAGAAACACUAAGUAACCUAAGAAGGAUGAGUGAGCAGAGCACCCUUACAGUUGUCCAAGUAACCUCAAAGACUGAAUCUGUAACCACCCAGACUUUCACUCUGCCCAACAUGCCCACACAGACUGAUUUUCGUGGCCCUCCAUCCCCAAUUCAUCAGAGCUUUGAGGUUGGUGAGAAUACAAAGAAGACAUUUCACAAUUUGCUGUCCCUUCAAGACCGUAUGGAGCCUUUGGUUUUAAAGUCCAGGGAAAUGAACAUGUUCUUAGAUGAGGAAGAAGAAGAAGAGCAGGUGGAUUUGCAGGCAGAAGUUCCAGAUGCUACUGAAAGUUCAUGCCCUGCUCAUCCACAGACUUCCCCUCAGAAGAGUUCAGGCAGAGAAUCUAAUGGGUCUGGCAAUUCUGGUCUAUCCGAUAUACUGGAUAAGGAAGGUUCUCCAGUAGAUGAAAGACCUGGCCCAUCAACUAGGUCAUCUAAAAAGUCUGCGCCCCGACCUUACCAUGCACUAGGGAGGUUUUUGUCAAGGCUAAGAAAUACAGACUCUUCCAGAGGUAGAGAGGAAACAUUGCCGGCAAUGUCCUGUCCCGAGGAGGCCCCUCGGGAUAGUGCCAUCACAAGUACCCUGACAGAUCCAGAAAAUUCUCAUCUUGUAACCCCAAGUAAAUUGGAUGAGGAAGGGGAUGACGAUAAAACAGAGGAUCACGGCAAAAGCGAUGCAAAGUCUGCUGUAUAUGAUGAAACAGGUGAAGGAGAUAUAUUAACAAACCUAACAGAAGAAUUGAAAGGAGACCUGUUGAAAGAAGUAGAGGGUACAAUACUUGACAAAGACACCACGUUUUCAAAAUAUCCUCGUAUGAAUUGUCUUCCAAGAGUCGGUGAAUUCUUGGCCAUCAAAACAUUGACUCUAGAUGCAAAUCUUUGUCCUGUUCACUCUGACUACACGAAGGUUCAAGUUCUCGAAGUGUCUGGUUUGUUGGUGAAGAUGAAAACUAUCCAGAACACAAAUACUGAAAAAUCUGUCUCGAAAGUUACCGACGAAGAUGGAGUGGAAGAAGUUGACUUGACGUUCGACGAGGAGGAGGUCGAUCUUACCGAAGAAGAUCCUGCACAGAUUCUCGAACUCGACUGGAGAGACAUUGUUGAGCCUAGGUUGCUCUUUCCUUAGGGCAAGGUGGGUUAAUCUCAGGACUUUUACCGCAUACUGUAGACUUGUGGAAAGAUUUGUUUACAAUUUUAUAGACAAUUUCUGGUAGCUUCAUAUGGCAUUCUCAAAUAGUUAUAUAUGCACAGGCAAUCCCGGGUUACAGCUGUCUCAGCCUACAGUGAUUUUCUGGAGCAUAACUAAAGUCUCUCUCUCUCAUUUUUAUACAUUUAUCUUACGAUGUUCCGGGUUACCGAACCCCUGCUGUAACCCGGGACUGCAUAAUACAAAGUAUUUCCCAACUUUAACUCAGAAAACGUUAGCCAGUGAGACAUGUAAAUUAAUGCAGUAUAUUGUUAAUAGUAAGAAAGAAGUUAUUGUGCAUGGUUAACUUGCCUCAUAGCUUUCAUGAGGGAGAUACAGUGUGCAGCAAAACAUUAACAAUGUCAUUGUAAAGGUUUUGCAGCUGAAGAUCAUACUUUGUAUCUGUCAUAUGUAUCACCUCUUACAGUAGACUUUAACCACGCCACAUAGAAGACAGCAGAUAAGACGUCUUCUUGAGCCAAAAAAAGCAGAUGCAUCAGAAAGAAGACGAGGGAAUAAGAGAAACAAUGUGUAGCUUAGGCAGUUAUGAAACCCUCUCUCUUUUGAGAACAAUCCUCUCUCACAUGAAGAGAUGGGGAGGCCUCACAACUGAAGAUAAUGUGUUUGGGAAUCUUCACCUAUAAUUAAAUAUGGAAAAAUAUUAAAGUUUUGUAAGUUAUUUAACUUUAGAACCGUACUUCUCCCUUAUCAUAUUACCAAUAUCAACUAAAUUUCACGUAGAACAUUUCAAGACCUUUCAGAAAGAUAUGAUGUAGGUUAUGUGUGUGAUAUCUUAAAAUAUAAAUAUGCGUAUUAGUAUUCUUGUUUUUCAGGUACUCAAUUAGUAGUAAAAUGUUAAAAUUUGAUCUUCCAGGCUAAUGGUGAUGCAAGUCAUUUGCAUACUGUAUGAAGAAAUGUUUUUCAAACAGUCGAAAAUGUAUGCAGUGUUGAAAAAUAUAUUUUGCAUUUGUUUGCAGGUGGAUAUAUGUAUUGUAUUUCAGAAGUAGAAGAGAUGGGAUUAAUUAUGUAAAGUGAAGUACAGUAGAUUUAUUCCCUAGAUGAAAGUACUGUAUGUGAUUAAAAUCGAUAGAUUCUACUCAUUCAUAUAUUUAAUUAUCACAUUAUUUUUGCAUCUUGUUUUUCAUGUGUCAUGUUUAUGAAAUAUCUAAUGCAGUGUUUUUUGUAUCAAAGUAAGAUUUUUUUACGGUUCAAACAUUCUCAGUAGUGUGGAAAACACAUCAACAUAUUCUUUUUGUUGUGCAUUAUGUUUUUGAAGUUAGUUUAAAGGAUUGCAGUUGAUGAAAAACUAUACACAAUUGUGCGUGUAUACUAGUGCCCCUAUAUGCGUUACUAAGGCAUCUAAGUAUAUUGUUUGAUCGUACCACUGCAAUAAUUUAUUCAGUUUUCUCAGUACUAGUUUAAGUAUUUAAUUUUAUUUCUGAUAAAAUUUUAGAUGUUAUGUAUUAAAUUAAAACUUUAAAAAUUCCUUAUUGGGUUUCUUUAUAAAUGAUGGAGAUUCUGACAAAAUUUAUAGAGUUGAAUUGUUUCCAAAAUUGACAGUCUUCAUUGAUUAUAUUCUUUUCACGGUCAUACACAAGAAAGCAUCUGUGUUUUAGGGUUCCUCUUAUUCUGUACAUAUAGGAAUUAGACCCUGUGCGCUUUUCAGUUCUAUUUCGGGUAGGGAGGGAGCAUGCCCGUAUCUUUGAGGGUUCCAGAUUUUGUAAGGUUUUAUAGUAGGCCAGCCUAUGUAUGGCCCAUUACUCAGUGGAAUCCUUUGAAAAAAUUUUAGUAUAUCUCCUGAGUGAAGUCUGAAUAUUAUGAUUACAGUAAUAGUAAUGAUAGGGUACAAUUUUAUUUAAAAGAACGUAUAAAAUAUUUAAAAUAACUUUUAUCAAAUGGCAUACAAAAUGUUCAUACACUUAGUCUUUUUACUUUCAAUUUUCCUUUCUAUGUUGAAUAACAUAGAUCCCAGCACUUGGCCUUUGGCCUAAAUUUUAUAUUUCAUUCCCACUGGUUGGUUUUUGUAUGUGUGUCCAUUAUACCCCUUGCUUUAAGCAAAUCACUUUUAUUGUGUUUGUGACUGAGUUCAUAUCUCUCGAGAUUCCUUAGACUUCACUGCUUGCAGGGAUUUCUUAUAUAUUUUAAUUAAAUCUUUUAUCAUCUUUCUUUCAUAAUUUUUCAGGUUUUUUUGAUAAGCAAGGGAACAUCAUGUAAUUUUUAAAUGUUAUGGAAACACAUAUUUUGCAUUAUGAUCUUAAAGGGUUCCUCUAGCACCUACAGAGUUGCUAAAUGUUACUACAUAUUUCUGCAUUUACAGAAGUGAGAACAGUAUUGCCCUGCAGUAUCAGACACAUCUAGCAGAAACGUUUUAUUUGAAAUGCACAAAUCAAUCUGGCACUUUGUUGAUGAAAAUACCUGAAAAUACCUUCCUAGAGAUCUUUUUCAUGAUAACCCAAAGUACUACUGGUAUUAAAGCUAUAUAUUGAUACGUAUACCAUUUUUGUUAAUUCAUUGGAACAGUUUCUUUAAUUUCUUCAUUACUUUCAAGUCAGACUUUAUUGGAAAAGUUUUGUGAUUUGUAUUUUCGUUGAAACUUUGCAAAUUUCUGAAAAUAUAAGGAUUAUUAAUAAUAACACAAUAUUAACUACUAAUGAAAACAUUAGUAUUAAGAGACCUAGGUAUGGGUAAGAUUUUAAGAACUACAAAGACACACGGGUAAUAAAAGAUUAAACUUUGUUAUAGAUAUCUGAAAGUAUUAAAAGACCUUGGCUAAGUAAGAAAUAUUCCUGCUUAGGUGAACUGGAAAACUACUAAAAGGCCAAAGAUUGUUCCUGUGCAAUCCAAUAUCAAAAGGUGUACAUACUUUGUAGUGAAAAUACUUUGCUGGAAAGAACCUUGUGUCCAAAAUAUAGUACUGAAGUUUAUUUUAUCAGUUUUAAAGCUUCACUGGGAGAUAUCCAGAGAUUAUAAAGAGUAUACAUAUUUGGUAACUGACCAAAGGUUGGACUUGACAAACAUCCAGGCAGGCUCCCUUUUUCCAGAUCUCUGAAAGCGGACUGCAUGUCAUGUAUAUUUAUUGUAUUCUGGCUUAGUAAGCUGUGAUUAGAUGUUAAAGAAUGAUACAGUAGUUAGCUUGCCCCAAGAGCUUUUGUACUAGUUAUGGUAUGGCUCUCCACGUGUAAAUUGUGUUGAGGGGUUUCUGUGACGAACAUCUUUUGCAAGUGGAAUUCAUUAGUUAAUUGGCAUCAGUGUCCAAGUAAAUGUGUGUGCUUGGUACAAAGUCCAUGGUGACUCUGAAAUACUACUUUAAAACAGUACUAUACUUAGAUAUAUAGUUUUAAAAAGUUUGAAUUAUAAAACAUUAAUGGACUAGAGAAAUAGUAUUUGGAAGUUUUAUUACCAUUAAAUAAAAAUCUUUUCACUUCAUAUAUGCCUACAUAAGUACAGUACUUUUAUUGUUUUGCUGGUAUGAUUGGACCUAUUGUUCGUAACAAAAUCUGUUUCAUUUGUCUAGUAGAUUUCCAGCCAUCCCAGGCCACAAAAAUAUGGCAAUCUUGCAGUUUACACUAACAAAUACCUUAGUAGUCCCAGUUUUUCUGGAGGAAGUACAAAUAGUUAAUAAUGAAUAAAUGUAAAUCUAUAACCUGCCUUAACCUUAUACACAUAUUUAUAGUGUAAUCCUUGAUGUAUGAUGACUAUUUUUAUAGGGUGGAUGUAUAGUUUAAGGGAAAAUGAAGUAAUACCAAGAGGGUUCAUAGAUAAUUGAAGUCUUACUGAAAAGAAUAUGUACAGUUUAAAAGUAGCAAGUCAUGUUAAUUUUAAUCAAGGAUCCAUAUCUCCUGAAUGAGAAGCAUUUCUAUGCAAUAACCAAAGGAUGGGGUCUUUAGAGGUUGCUAAUUUUACUCUCAAAAGUGCAGCUGUGGUGUCACAUGUUGUUAUUAUUUUUAUUACAAUUUUUAUAUUAGUAAUUUUCAUGCACAACAGAAUAUGGGGUUUGUGGCAACAAUAAGUUUUAACAGGACAGAUGCUCUGCAAUAAAAAGCAGGCACUGAGAAGAAUACAAAUGUACUACUGUGCUUCUUCAAAUGCCAUUAUUAUUAUUAUUACUACAUAUUAUUUAUUAUUAUCCAUUAUUAAUAUUAUUAAUAAUACAUAUUAUUAUUAUGAGGAAAAGACCUAUUUUGUGUUUCCAUAUGCUGUCAUAUAAACAUUUUUACUUACAUUUACACAAACUACUAGCUUACAAUAUCUCCAGAUAUCAUCCUUAGCUGGUCACUUGUGAUAUGAUUUUUCAUUUCUAUGACCUGUUUAUAUUCUAGCUCUGGAUCUUGUCCAUGGGGUCUUGCUAAAAUCCUUUGCCUUCUUUCAGUCUGGGACUUUUCAGUAAUCUUUCUCUUGCUGUCCUUAA